UCAGGGAGUAUCAAAUUACUUUCGUUUCACAUAUUUUUCUCUAAUCAAAUUCAAUUUCUUACAAUUAGUCUUUACCUUACAGAACUCAAUUACAGUCUUAAACAGCACAGUUCGACAUUGUUGUUGAGAUUCGGGCGACGAAAAUGAUCUCCCAGUUCUUCGUCCUCUCUCAGCGAGGCGACAACAUCGUCUUCCGAGACUAUCGUGGGGAUGUGCAAAAGGGAAGUACUGAGAUCUUCUUCCGUAAGGUUAAAUUUUGGAAGGAAGAUGGAGAAGAGGAAGCACCACCUGUCUUUAAUGUAGACGGAGUGAAUUAUUUCCACGUGAAGAUUGUCGGACUACUAUUUGUGGCAACCACAAGAGCUAAUGUAUCACCUUCUCUUAUAAUGGAACUCCUUCAACGUAUUUCCCGUGUUACUAAGGAUUACCUCGGUAUUCUAAGUGAAGAAUCUCUAAGAAGAAAUUUUGUACUUGUUUACGAGUUGCUCGAUGAAGUCAUAGAUUUUGGUUAUGUACAAACAACAUCAACAGAAGUAUUGAAAUCCUAUAUAUUCAAUGAACCAAUUGUGGUGGACGCGGCACGAGUUCCUGCACUUGGUCCUGCUUCUCUUUUCAUGCAAGGGAAUAAAAGAAUGCCUGGCACUGCUGUGACGAAAUCUGUGGUUGCAAAUGAGCCUGGAGGUAGGAAGAGAGAGGAAAUUUUUGUUGAUAUCAUUGAGAAGAUAAGUGUUACUUUCAGUUCCAGUGGAUAUAUUCUAACUUCAGAAAUCGACGGGACAAUUCAGAUGAAAAGUUACCUUACCGGUAAUCCUGAAAUCAAAUUAGCUUUAAAUGAGGAUGUAACGAUUGGAAGAGGAGGAAGUUCAGCAUAUGGAUAUGGUAGUUCUGUUGGUUCUGGUGCAGUGAUACUUGACGACUGCAACUUUCACGAAUCUGUGCACCUUGAUAAUUUUGAUUUAGACAGAACAUUAAGUCUGGUUCCUUCAGACGGUGAAUUCUCAGUUAUGAAUUAUCGCAUGACACAGGAGUUCAAACCCCCUUUCCGUGUUACUGCUCUGAUAGAAGAAGCUGGAGCCCUUAAGGCUGAAGUAAUUAUCAAAAUACGUGCUGAAUUUCCGUCUAGUGCCACUGCAAAUACUAUUCUAGUUCAAAUGCCUCUGCCAAGUUACACCUCAAGAGUCAGUUUUGAUGUGGAACCCGGUGCGGUUGGACAGUUGGCUGAUUUCAAGGAAGCUAACAAAAGAUUGGAAUGGAGUCUGAAAAAGAUUGUUGGUGGAGCUGAACAUACAUUACGUGCGAAACUGACAUUUUCACAGGAAACACACGGGAAUCUAACAAAGGAAGCUGGACCUGUUAGUAUGAAUUUCACAAUUCCCAUGUACAAUGCUUCAAGGCUUCAGGUAAAAUACCUGCAAAUUGCAAAGAAAUCGAAAACCUACAAUCCCUAUCGCUGGGUGAGAUAUGUUACCCAGGCCAAUUCCUAUGUAGCUCGUAUGUGAUCAAUAUGUGUUUCAAUGUUCAAAAGUCAAUUGCACAGAAUCUUCCCGUUUGAAGGCUCAUCCACCCCUUGCCUUGUAAGUCGAGAAAUGAGGUAGAAUUUGUCUAGGAAACACACGUUCAAUUAAUCGCUUUGGGCAAAUUUGUUUAUUUCUAAGACAUUGUACAUGUUUUGUGUGCAUAGUGAAUUAGUGACAUAGCAUAAGAACUGCAGUUAGAGUCGGUCGAAAACCCAUUAUGAAGUAACUUGACAUUUUUCAUUUUGAUUUAAAAUAUCUGUAUUUUCUUGGGAUACUUUGACAAGAGAUAUUGCACAUUUGCACUUGGAA